GAUCUGCCCUGAGGAAAAACCCUGCCCCUCUUCGGGAAUUACCCUGAGUCAUAGCUUUGGGCUGGGGCCAUGGGGGAAAACUUGUGUGGCCAAGGAGGCAGCCUUUUAGGAAGGCCUGGAUCAAGGACUGGGGAAAGGAAGCAAGGAAAGGCAGAGACUCCCAGGCAAGUUUGAAUCCUAGAGACAACCCAGUUUAAGUGAGUUGUCAGUGUUGGGGAAGUAGUCCAUUUUACCAACUAGCAGGAUCACAGAUCGGGAUCUAGGAAGGCCUUUGGAGUGCUUGGGGAGGGAGGGAGGAGCUUUGGCAGGAGGGCCUGGCCUGGCAGGCUAACCAGCAGGCGGGCCCUGUUCAGGAGGCAGGCCUAUGGGUGGACCCUGGCAGUUUUACUUCCUGAGCCACUGCUGCCGGCAGCAGAAGCAGUGGAGUGCCUUGCUGCCUGUUUCUCGGCUCAGCAUGGGCUCACAGGCCCUGCCCCAUGGCCACAUGCAGACCCUUAUCUUCUUAGACCUGGAAGCCACUGGCCUGCCUUACUCUCAACCCAAAGUCACAGAGCUGUGCCUGCUGGCUGUCCACAGACAUGCCCUGGAGAGCACCUCCGUUUCUGGGGGGCAGCCACCUCCAGUGCCCAAACCGCCCCGUGUGGUGGACAAGCUCUGUCUGUGCAUUGCUCCAGGGAAAGCCUGUAGCCCCGGGGCCAGUGAGAUCACAGGUCUGAGCACAGCUGAACUGGAAGCUCAUGGGCGUCAACGCUUCAAUGACAACCUGGCCAACGUGCUCCGAGCCUUCCUGCAGCGCCAGCCACAGCCCUGCUGCCUUGUGGCACACAACGGCGACCGCUAUGACUUCCCUCUGCUCCAGGCAGAGCUCGCUCUGCUGAGCAGUAGUCCUCUAGACGGCACCUUCUGUGUGGAUAGCAUCGUUGCCCUCAAGGCCUUGGAACAAGCCAGCAGCCCCUCAGUGCAUGGUGCAAGGAAAAGUUACAGCCUGGGCAGCAUCUACACCCGCCUGUACGGGCAAGCGCCGGUGGACUCACACACAGCUGAAGGCGACGUUCUAGCCCUGCUCAGCAUCUGUCAGUGGAAGCCACGGGCCCUACUGCAGUGGGUGGACAAACACGCCCGGCCCUUUAGCACCAUCAAGCCCAUGUAUGGCACUACAGCUACUACUGGGACAACCAGCCUAAGGCAAUGUGCUGCCACAGCUACGACACCCCUGGCCACAGCCAGGGUAAGUCCCAGCAAUGGCAGGAGCAGGAGCAGGCAACUGAAGGAUCCUCCUCCUGAGAAGGUCCCAGAAGCUUCAUCACGGGAGGGGCUGCUGGCCCCACUGGGCCUGCUGACCUUCCUGACCUUGGCAAUAGCCAUUCUGUAUGGACUCUUCCUGGCCUCUCCUGGGCAGUAAGUCAAAAGGGAAAAUAUGAUUAAUAAAGAUUCCCAUAGCA